AUGCCAAAAAUUAACCCUUCUACAAUAAACAAACACUGCUUGUACAUUUGGCUAAAAACACUAUGCCGAAAUCAUUCCAAAGAGUGCAGCCGCAGCUACGGCCCAAGACACCGACCAGCGUCUGGAUCCGGCCGACGUGGUGCCGUUACAGUUGCUCCAGUUGCCGUAUGGGCCACGCAAGUCAACAAUGGGCGUGUUGGACGAAACCAGCUCUGGCUGUUCGGCAGAAGACCCAGAUCCGUGAGGUUCAGUAAAAGACUCUUCCGAUGCAGCGGGAACAUCCUCCAAAGACAGUUCCGCAGGGACGUCUUCUUCGGUUCCAACAGGGACAGCGGAUUCCUCAGAAGUAGGAACCUCGGUAGGCUCAGCGGCUUCGGGUGUCAGAGUGCUGAUAGUCUCGGUGAAGUUGCUGUAUCUUUGGGCUUGUGCCUGGAGCUCAAGGCUGCCGACCUUUGGUGUCGCUUCGUCCACUGCAGCGCGGGCACCCUUCCCAUCCUUUGUGGUUCCAAAAAUCCGGUAAAACCAGUCGUAGUCGUCGAGGUCGUCGUCUGA